AUGAUGACCUUAUUUCCAGUUUUCAAGGCAAGAAUCUUCCUUUCAACAAUCUUUUCAUUCCCAAAUGGAACCUCACUGAAUUGUCUCGUCUUUCCCAACAAGAAGUUGCUGCUGAAUUUUCGCGUCAUGUCUUCCCUAAAGGGACCGUUUCUGAGAUGGAAGCUUUUACCGACGACCAAACAGUUGACUUUAUGGAAUUUGCUUCUGCCCAAAUCUUUUCGUCGGCAAUUGGAAUUGCUGGUUAGCGAGAAGACGACUCUUGGAGUGCAUUAUUCUCAAGUGGAUUCAAAGCUUGAUGGCACUCUCCAGCAAAAUGAGGCCCUAAGCAUUCGAGUGGAGAGUCUGGAGAUAGAGUUGUUAGAGAAGGAGAAAAUGCUACUUGAUCGUGAGGCAGAGCUGUCCCUCCUUGGGAGUGACUUGGACUGGAUGGUCAAGGACGGCAUAGUGAGGAUUCUUGACAAAAUUAUCGAAAUUACAAAUUUUUUUCAAGGUGUGGGACGCGUAAAAAACAUGUGCUUUCCUGCUGGUGAGGAGUCUAGCAGAGUAGCGCUACGCAAGGCGGUGGUUGCUGAAACGUUUGAUCCUAGUGCUGCCAGUUCUACCUCUAGCCAUUCAGGAAAGAUGGUCGAUGCAAUUGAUUAA